AUGUCUGUUGCGACGAUCGAAGUUCAUGCCAGCCACGACAGUAUCCUCCCUGAGGAGCGGCUGAAGCUUAUAUCAAAGUCGUCUCGCUCACUCAUACCCAACGAGUCAUCCUCUAUCGACAACAUCAAUGCCUUCAAACGUUUGCUGGAUCAUGUCUUCGCCACAAGCAGCGCGCCCGGACUAAGCGCACCUCACCGCGUGGCAGCAUGGAACACGCUAUGUUGCUUGAUCGAUCAGUCCCUGAGCUCUUCUUGUUCUGACUUGCAGCAGCCGGAAUGGAUCAGUAAAAUCUGCAGUCGGGCUUUCUACCUGUACUUGGAGCAUGCCCAGACCGCGAAGCCGAAGUCAUCGAAGCAAUUACUAGGCACGCUGACUACCGCCUUGCGCUCGAGAGAAGAGGAAGACUUCGUUACUCUGAGGCGCACCGUUCUGACCAGACUGAUGCAAUGUUUGACUGACUAUCAGGCUCCUCAUGCAGCGAAGGCUGGCGCUCAGCUGCUUGGUCAGCUUCUACUCAAGGACAUCGUGGCCUCGAGUGACAUACUUGAUGUCUUUGGCAGUAAACUUGGCACUGAUGCGCAAGAGUCGACCUUGACUGAAGAGUUCUGCUAUCUUUUGGAGAUACUUUUCAAAUGGCUGAGCAGCGGCGAUUUUGGAUCGUCGGUAUCCCAACUUGUGGCCAUCUUGCUGGACAAGUUCCGCCAAGACAGGACAGUCGUUGAGACGGAACCCAGUUUCAAAGCUCAGCAAUGUCCAAUAUGGGUGGCACCUCUGCAGGCCACUCUGUUCCAUGGUGCAGUCGGCAUAGAUGAUCUACGUGCUCACAUCUUGCCGGUACUAUUCAAGAGAUCCUUCCGCGAUUUUGUGUCCUUUCUCGACGCUCAAGGAUUCUGGUCAAACGAGGCUGCACGGAAGUCUGGUGGUAGCCCGACCCGUUCUGAAGCUCAAGACGAUCUACUCUUCGCCAGUCUACAGACCGGCAAGGAGCUCGGCCUGCUUGUGGAAACAGACGAUGGCCACUUCUCGCAGGCUAUCCAACCGAUUCGCGUACCAGUCCGUUGGAUGGGUGAACAACUCUGUCGGAAAUCCCGAUCCGCUCGACUCACUGGACUAUCUCUGCUGACCACUUCGCAUGCUGCUACGCGACCAAUUCCCACUACGGCGUUGACGCAGAUCAGACGAGCUUUACCUUCCAUGUUCGCGGACGUUGACGCUGACUUUCGAAGUGGGGUCUUAAGCGCGUUUCAACGGCUCAUUGAUCGGCUGCGGGCUAUCACUGCAGUCCUUGCACGACAAAAGCACACUAAUGAAGGAGCACAGAGCAAUCAGAGUACAACAUCAGAUGGUGCUCUUUUAGCAAAUCUGCGUGCUCAUGAGGAUUUCGUCCGCUGGGCGCUACGUUUCGUCACAUGGGAGCUUCGUCCUACUGCCAGCUAUCAAAGGCACAUAUCAGCUUUGAAGUGUCUAGCAAUAUUGGCACGGUCUGGGCUAGACACAUCCGUCCCAUCAACAUUAUGGUCAAGGACUGCUCUGGGCGAAUCCAAGUGGCCCUUCACGAUGACGAUCAUGAGCGAUGAUCUCAAGAGGCUAUUGCUUGAUAUUGUUAUCGAUCCUUUCGACGACGUACGACAAGCAGCCACCACAAUACUGGACAUGCAGGCUUCAACCACUCCUGAGCUUAACAGCGCUACGCGCCGAGCGGAAACGGACAUGUUGCGUACCGGUCGAGCAGAUCAUGCCGAUGGCGUUGCUCGCAUCUAUGCACUACGCUCCAGUUUUGAGCGUGCACAGCGAACUGCCGAAGUGGAUUCUCCGGAGACUUCUAUUGUCCACGAUCUUGUUGGACAACUAGAGAAAAUGCUUGAGGUAGCCCGCAGUAGUCUCCCGGAGGCCGUCAGCAAAUAUCCUCUUCAUGGCAUCCUUACAAGCCUGAGAUACGUAUUGGUGCGCGACACGCACGCCAUGAUGAAAGUGACUGCGAGACUAUCACGACUCCUUGGAGACGUCUGGGAAGUGGUGAAGCCCGUCUUAUGUAAUGAUGCCCCGGAGGGCUUCGCACUGGAGGAACAAGAAGAAACCAUCGACUCCACCAAAGAGACCCUCAGCUACUGUUGGAGAGCACUAAAAGAAGCGAGCCUUCUGCUAUCGACACUUGUCGCUCAGCACUCUUCAGAUCGUGCAAAUGUUAAUGCAGACCUCACACUAAGGCUGAGCAAUCUCUGCUUUACACAACUAGCGGAGUUGCGUCACCGGGGCGCAUUUUCCACGGUCGCUCAAUCAUGGAUUACAUGUUGCACCGAGUGUAAAGAUAUGAAGGCAAACGGAGAGUCAUUGCUCAAUACGUGGUACCUCAAGGUGCUUGACAUGCUGCGAAGAAAUAUCACGAUCAACACACGACGUUCAGCUGGCCUGCCGGCCUUGCUGUGUGGCAUUCUGAUUGCUGACAGCAGCCAUGGGCUACUGUCGAGCGCAGUCGCAGAUUUGAAAUUGCUCUCACGCCAGAAGGUUGAUCCUGCGGCCGCAGAAGAGGGCAGCUUGGCGCAGGUUCAUGCUAUGAACUGUCUCAAGGACAUCUUGAAGAACUCCAAGCUUGGAGAACAGUCCGAGCCCUACAUUGCUGUAGCAUUCCAGCUUGCAGCCGACUCGCUACGCUCCGGGGUAUGGGCUAUACGCAAUUGUGGUCUCAUGCUGUUCCGUGCUGUUGUCGACCGCAUUCUCAAAACGGAUCAAUCGCACUUCGAUGACGACUUUCAGUCAAGUAGGAGCAUUUCCACCGAGCAGUACCCAGCUCUACUUGACACUGUCAUCGGACUUUUGCCUAGCGCUGAUCCCGAAGCUGAUGCCACUCACACUCGAUUCGAAGGCGUGUUCGCCGCGUUGCAACUGCUGCAGCACAUUCGCAUACCGACUGCAAGAAUCCCCCAGAUCAAAGACGCGAUCAGACCUCUGAUCUCGAGCACGAGCUGGCACAUGAGGGACAAGGCUGCGCGGACGUGGACAUCUGUCAUGCACAGUCGUAAUGUUGGUGAAGCGGUCAUCGAAGUGGGCGGCUGGCUGUCCGGUGCUUCUGACGACAGCGACCAGAACUACAUGCACGGUAUUCUGUUGGCCUCAAAGUAUGUCGUACGCGUUGUCGCACUUCAGUCCGAGCGGUGCAACCCAUCAUCUACUCGUGGGAAAGCAGAUCACAGGCCGAACCAAGUUGGCAUGUGUCGUGCGAUGCUCGCAGAAGUUGCGAUAUAUCGUGAUCACAUCAAACGGAAAGCCUCCCAACACCCCGUCGUAAAAGCAGCUUCCAUAGAUCUAGUGGCCGAGCUCUCGCAGACGCUAGUCUCACUCCAUGACGAUCACGACGGUGAUAAGUAUCAUGCGCAUCGGGAAGUACUCGACCUGUGGUCGUCAGCAGACCAUCCUGAUCUAGACGCAGCAAUGCUGUUUCGGAUGCUGCUGGCGGAAUGUCUAGUCGAUCCAAACGCCGCAGUCUUGCGUCAAUCCAUCGCGCGCUUCAUGGCUCAACAGAUGUCAUUGAUUGAUCUUGGUGACAAGACUCAGUCUGAAAUGUAUGCACAACAAGUGGUCCAGCUCGCUGACCAUGAUGAAAAUGCCUGCAAAGACUUUUUGCAUGCCAUCAAGGGCGAGCAUACGAGGUCGAACUCGACAAUGGCUCGCUUCGCCAUCAGGAUCUGCCGGAGUAUCCUGGACGGUGCUAUGGGUACGGAACUAAAGUGCGAAGCUCUUGAACUUUUGCUGUACGUCUACACUGGCUCUCAAAACGAAGGCAUCGACAGCCAAACUCUAUUCACGGGCUCACUGGACUACCUCUCUAUACCUGUCUGCAAUCAGAGGUACGCGGACCUAUGUCUUCGGUACCGCGCUGCGCACUUAGACCAGAGGUGUGCGACAUCCAGUGGCGCUGGACUAGAAGGCGAUGUCACGAGUUGGGUCAGCGAUUGUGCCAGCGCCAUAUCAGGCCAGGGAGUCUAUACUCGCGAAGCGGCAACUCAGUCAAUCGGGCUGGUUCGAUCUCUCUGGUCAUUCCUCAAGCAGACGCCGAACCUCCACUCUUCACUACUGGACAUCAGCCUCGCUGUGUAUGACCUCCUGAACGAUGACGAUGAGGAAAUUCGGCUAUCUGCUGCCAUCACCACAAGCCGUGUACUUGCUUCCGACCUGCUAGCGCGACAUAUUGAGCAUGAACCAAUUGCUGCCAGUCAAGAGCUCCUCGCGUUCAUCACGAAGCGAUGGAACAAGAGCCAAGAUCUAGCCGCGAAGGCAUUGGAGCGCGCUUUCCAAUGGUCUCCCAGGGGACCAAGGGCUGUGACAGAGCACCUCCAGCUAUCUUCUCGCGGCGACUCUGCACUGUUUGCUGAAGAGAAGCAGAAUCUGUAUGUCGACGAUGCCAAGGAAGUCCGCGCAUGGACUCAAGUCUUGACCAGACUCUCGCCGUAUGCCAUGCCAAGAGGUUCCAUUGCGAUCCUCGCCGAGUGGGUAAUGGCUAGUCUUGAUGCACUCCAAGGACAAGCUGAGAACAAAUCCGACGGAGCUCUUGGCUGGAGUAGCAAUCCUGAUACGUUCAUCCUUGGUUUACGAGUCAUCUAUGGAGCCGAAGUCCUUCUGAGUCUGUCCAGACGUGGGAUGCGGCUGCCAGUCAAGCCUUCGCAAAUCAGGCGUCGAUUGCACGCAUGCGAUACCGCGUAUGAAACGACCGGUGUCAACUGCCUUUGGCGCUGGGAGACCCAUCGCAUACUAGGAGAAUCGGUACUGCACAAGGUACAGAUGACAGCCAGCUUAGUCCGAUAUACUGCACAGCGAUAA